AUUGUCUCUGCCUUUACAACAGGUUCGGGCGGCGGGGAAGACGGGCGGGACCCGGGCCGCCCCAGCCCGGGUUUUCUUGGGGCCGCCUCCCUCCUCCGGGUGUGCGAUUCUUUGGCUGCUUUCAGUCGGCUCGGGAGCGAAUCCCCCGGCGGAGCAGCCCCGGGGCGAGUUCGACCCCUCCCUCGGCCCCCCUCCCGGCCCGCGCCGCCGCCUCGGCUCUGCGUGUGGGAAUGAUGUGCGCAUUGGAGGGUCUAAGUUCUUCAUGCGCCUGGGGGGGCCUCCCUUUUCUUUCUUAGGCAACGCACUCGUAUUAAUCCUACUAAUUAGUCAAUCCGAGGCAGCGACCGGAGAAACAAACGCUAUUUUCCCGCUUGAUUCCAAGAACCUCUUCGAUUUUUAUUUUUUAUUUUUAAAGAGGGAGACGAUGGACUGAGCGGAUCCACACCAUGGAGUCUCGGGUCUUUCUGAGAACAUUCUGUUUGAUCUUCGGUCUCGGAGCAGUUUGGGGGCUUGGUGUGGACCCCUCCCUGCAGAUUGACGUCUUAACAGAGUUAGAACUUGGGGAGUCCACGGCCGGAGUGCGCCAGGUCCCCGGGCUGCAUAAUGGGACGAAAGCCUUUCUCUUUCAAGAUACUCCCAGAAGCAUAAAAGCAUCCACUGCUACAGCUGAACAGUUUUUUCAGAAGCUGAGAAAUAAACAUGAAUUUACUGUUUUGGUGACCCUAAAACAGACCCACUUAAAUUCAGGAGUUAUUCUCUCAAUUCACCACCUGGAUCACAGGUACCUGGAACUGGAAAGCAGUGGUCAUCGGAAUGAAAUCAGAUUGCAUUACCGCUCAGGCAGUCACCGCCCUCACACAGAAGUGUUUCCUUACAUUUUGGCUGAUGACAAGUGGCACAAACUCUCCUUAGCCAUCAGUGCCUCCCAUUUGAUUUUACACAUCGACUGCAAUAAAAUUUAUGAAAGGGUGGUGGAAAAACCCUCCACAGAUUUGCCUGUAGGAACAACACUUUGGCUAGGACAGAGAAAUAAUGCACAUGGAUAUUUUAAGGGCAUAAUGCAAGAUGUGCAAUUACUUGUCAUGCCCCAAGGAUUUAUUGCUCAGUGCCCAGAUCUUAAUCGCACCUGCCCAACUUGCAAUGACUUCCAUGGACUUGUGCAGAAAAUCAUGGAGCUGCAGGAUAUUCUAGCCAAAACAUCAGCCAAGCUGUCUCGGGCUGAACAGCGAAUGAAUAGAUUGGAUCAAUGCUAUUGUGAAAGGACGUGCACCAUGAAGGGAACCACCUACCGAGAAUUUGAGUCCUGGACAGACGGCUGUAAGAACUGCACAUGCCUGAACGGAACCAUCCAGUGUGAAAUUCUGAUCUGCCCAGUUCCUGACUGCCCACUUAAGUCGGCUCUUGCGUACGUGGACGGCAAGUGCUGUAAGGAAUGCAAAUCAAUCUGCCAAUUUCAAGGACGCACCUACUUUGAAGGAGAAAGAAGUACAGUUUAUUCUUCUUCUGGAGUAUGUGUUCUCUAUGAGUGCAAGGAUCACACCAUGAAACUUGUUGAGAGUUCAGGGUGUCCAGCUUUGGAUUGUCCAGAGUCUCAUCAGAUUACCUUGUCUCAUAGCUGUUGCAAAGUUUGUAAAGGUUAUGACUUUUGUUCUGAGAGGCAUAACUGCAUGGAGAAUUCUGUCUGCAGAAAUCUGAAUGACAGGGCUGUUUGUAACUGUCGAGAUGGUUUUAGGGCUCUUCGAGAGGAUAAUGCCUACUGUGAAGACAUUGAUGAGUGUGCUGAAGGACGCCAUUACUGUCGUGAAAAUACGAUGUGUGUCAAUACUCCAGGUUCUUUCAUGUGCAUCUGCAAAACUGGAUACAUCAGAAUUGAUGAUUAUUCAUGUACAGGUUCCUAUCUAUAGAAUAUGAAAAAAAAGAUGUGGUGCGAGAAGGGUACCUUGAAGACUAUGGGAUUUGAGGAAAUGUGGGUGU